GGGGGGAGGACCCGCCCCGCUGAGCCGAGAGGCGUGCUGCAGGGCGCUUUCACUCGGUACGUUGAAACCGGCGAACCGGGGUUUCAGGUUCAGUGGCGUCCAUACGGACUUCUCGCCCGCCUGGCCUCUGCGGAGGAGUCCUGCCGCCGAGAAGGGACCAUGGCUGACAAAACCCAGGAGCCUGGUGGCAUCCACUUCCCUUUUCCCUUCACACCCUAUGCCAUCCAGAAGGACUUCAUGGCAGCUCUCUACCAGGUGUUGGAGGCUGGCAAGAUUGGGAUAUUUGAGAGUCCAACUGGCACCGGAAAGUCCCUGAGUCUGAUUUGUGGGGCCCUCUCCUGGCUCCGCGACUUUGAACAAAAGAAGCGUCAGGAGGAGGCGCGUCUCCUUGAGGCCGAAGCCAGAGCUGCCCCCUUGAGCAAUGGGAAGGACUCGCUCCUGCUUCCCCUGGCCUCCCAGGGGACCUUAGCCCCAAAAGACCCUGCAGAGCCCGACUGGGUCACUCAGUUUGUGCAGAAGAAAGAAGAGAGGGACCUGGUGGACCGCCUGAAGGAGGAGCAGGUCAGGAGGAGGAAGCGAGAAGAGCGCCUACAGCAGAUCCGCCACAAUGCACAGCUCAAGUAUGCAGCCAAGCGUAUGAGACAGGAAGAUGAGGAAACCGAGCGUCUCCUCGACCUCAGCAGGGAGAUGCUGGCGGCGGGCUCAGAGCCUGAGCAACUGGCCUCAGAGGAGGAGGAGCUGGUCCUCGCCGAGUACGAGAGUGACGAGGAGAAAAGAAAGGCUAGUGGAGCAGAUGAGGACGAGGAUGACCUGGAGGAGGAGCACGUGACUAAGAUUUACUACUGCAGCCGGACACACUCCCAGCUGGCCCAGUUUGUGCACGAGGUGCAGAGGAGCCCCUUCGGCAAAGACACGCGGCUUGUCUCCCUGGGCUCUCGGCAGAACCUUUGUGUCAAUGACGAUGUGAGGAAGCUGGGCUCCGUGCAGCUCAUCAAUGACCGCUGCGUGGACAUGCAGAGGAGCAGACGUGAGAAGAGCAUCGCCGAGGAAGCGAAGCCCAGGAGGAGGAAGCAGGAACAGCGGACUGCUUGCCCCUUCUACAGCCACGAGCGACUGCAGCUCCUCCGGGACGAGGUCCUGGUCGGGGCAAAGGACAUUGAGCAGCUGGUGGCCCUGGGAAAGGAGGCUCGGGCCUGUCCUUAUUACGGGAGCAGGUUCGCCAUUCCCGCAGCGCAGCUGGUGGUGCUGCCCUACCAGAUGGUGCUGCACGCGCCCACGCGGCAGGCCACGGGGAUCCGGCUGCAGGGCCAGGUGGUGCUCGUCGACGAGGCCCACAACCUGAUGGACACCAUCACGGGCAUGCACAGCGUGGAAGUCAGCGGUUCCCAGCUCUGCCAGGCCCAUUCCCAGCUGCUCCAGUACAUGGAACGAUAUGGGAAGCGCUUGAAGGCCAAGAACCUGAUGUACAUCAAACAGAUCCUGUAUCUGCUGGAGAAGUUUGUGGCCGUGCUGGGCGGGAACGUUAAGCAAAACCCCAAUACCCAGAGCCUCUCGCAGGCAGGGACGGAGCUGAAGACCAUCAACGACUUCCUCUUCCAGAGCCAGAUCGACAACAUCAACUUGUUCAAGGUUCAGCGCUACUGUGAAAAGAGCAUGAUCAGCAGAAAGCUCUUCAGCUUCACAGAACGGUAUGGAGCAGUCCUGGCGUCCCCCAGGGAACAGCCCAGACUGGCUGGCUUCCAGCACUUCCUACAGAGUCUGCAGUCUGGGGUGUCUGAGGCUCCUGCAGCCCCUGUGGAAGAGGAGGAGGCCGGGGUGCUGCGGCCUGCCUCCCCAUUGAUGCACAUCGAGGGCUUCCUUGCAGCUCUCACCACUGCCAACCAGGACGGCAGGGUCAUUCUGAGCCGCCAAGGCAGCCUCAGUCAGAGCAGCCUCAAAUUCUUGCUCCUGAAUCCAGCCGUGCACUUUGCCCAGGUGGUGAAGGAAUGCCGGGCAGUGGUCAUCGCGGGGGGCACCAUGCAGCCAGUGUCUGACUUCCGGGAGCAGCUGCUGGCGUGUGCCGGGGUGGAAGCUGAGCGCGUGGUGGAGUUCUCCUGUGGUCACGUGAUCCCUCCAGACAACAUCCUGCCCCUCGUCAUCUGCAGCGGGCCUGCCAACCAGCAGCUGGAAUUCACAUACCAGAAGAGGGAGCUGCCGCAGAUGAUGGAUGAGACGGGACGCAUCCUCUGUAACCUGUGCAACGUGGUCCCAGGCGGGGUGGUCUGUUUCUUCCCUUCCUACGAAUACCAGCGCCAGGUCCAUACCCACUGGGACAGGAGCGGCCUGCUGGCCCGCCUGGCUGUCAGGAAGAAGAUAUUUCAGGAGCCCAAGAGAGCAAAUCAGGUGGAGCAGGUGCUGAAGGAGUAUUCCAGGUGCAUCAAGCACUGUGGCCAGGCCGAGGGCAUGGUGACAGGGGCCCUGCUGCUCUCCGUAGUUGGAGGGAAGAUGAGUGAAGGCAUCAACUUCUCAGACAGCCUUGGCCGGUGUGUGGUCAUGGUGGGCAUGCCCUACCCCAACAUCAGGUCUGCAGAGCUGCAGGAGAAGAUGGCUUACCUGGAUCAGACCCUCCCCAGAGCCCCAGGCCAGGCCGCCCCCGGGAAGGCGCUGGUGGAGAACCUGUGCAUGAAGGCCGUCAACCAGUCCAUAGGCAGGGCCAUCAGGCACCAAAAGGAUUUUGCCAGCAUUGUGCUCCUGGACCAGCGCUACGCCCGCCCACCCAUCCUGGCAAAGCUGCCCGCCUGGAUCCGGGACCGCGUGGAGGUCAAAGCCACCUUUGGCCCUGCCUUUGCAGCUCUGCGAAAGUUUCAUCGUGAGAAGUGUGGCUCUUCCUGAUAGCUGGCCGCACCACCGCCUGCUGGCCAGGCCCCUCCUUACCCACCUGCGUGAAGUGUCUGCGGAGCUCCUUCCUGAGGAGGAGAGCAUGGUACCCUUGGAUCAGUGGGCUGCCAGGAUCCAGGAGUAGGUGGAAAAGCCAACAGAAACUGAGGCCGGUCCUGAAGCAGCAGUGGGCUCGGCCCUUCCUGGGCAGCUCCCCACACCAUGCCUGGUCAGCCUUUGUGGGGCUGUGGGGGCUGCAGCACCUCUGCUCUUGCUCGUUUCUUGUCUCCACAUUCUUAGAGGUGACAGGGAGCCAGCCCUUCCUACCUCUCCCUUUCUCACUAGAAUGAGCUAUUCUAGAGCUUCUACUCUUUCCUGGAAAUAAGUGUUCCCCACUCUGCCCCCUGGUGUCCUGGGGCUCUCCUGCCCCUCUCAGCUUGCCUUGCCCCAGGUGGGCAGGAACUGCCUGCUUUGCCUCCCCCCUGCAGCACUGUCCUAACCUGCCCUCACCCCAGCAGCAGCUUCCAGGCACCUCCAGGCCCUCCGAGCCGGUGGCACCUCUCUGCCGCCUGAGCCGACUCCAAGACACCUCGUCCCCUGACAUCAGCGAGUCUGCCCAGGGCCAUUAGGCUCUCAGUGGGACUAUUUUUAGAGACCCUGUGUCUGUCACUGAGACAUUUCUUCCUGUGUGGAAGUCUCCUUCCGUCCGGCUGUACUGCUGACUGCACCUCCUCUCCUGCCCCCCCGCCUGAGACCAGGGGCAGCAGGACAGGCCCCGUUGGGAGGGACACCUGCAUUCUGCAAACACAGAAUAAUUAGUUCCUUAAUUAAAAGUGUACUGUUGGUUCGUGUUCA